GGGAGGGGCGUUCCGUGUGGCUCUGCUGAGUGAGCUGUAGGGAUGUUACGUCCUCUCCCAAGGUACAGCCACACACUGUAGAGUCAAUCAGUCUCGGCACAUCUCUCCAUCUUGUAAAAGGGACGUAAGAGAUGGAGUACAGGAGCUGACUUUGAAAGAAGCAACCAAGAACAGAAAGGGUGCUGAGGUGAGAGUUCCCAGGACGAGAUCCAGCCAGAAAGCUAAGCCCACGGAGGUGGGGAGGAACCAACACUUAAACACCCAGCAUAAAUGUGGGGAUAAUACCCAGGCCUCCAGGUGAGGAGAGCUGCUGCCGCCACUGAUGAUCAACACGCAAGCCCCACAGAAUCAACUGAGUCAGGAAGGUCAUGGCAGACCAGGCCACAGCAAGACAUUCAGCGUCCUCUUUCUCUUUCAAGUAGACUCCCAUAUGGCUUUGUAAGAGGUUGGAGGAAUCCUUCAGACUUGGCCUCCUCAGAUGGAGAGACUAAAGCUGGGGCAAAUCCCAGAACACUUGUGUAUCAGGCUGGUGGCCAUGUUGCUCUUGGCAAUAGUUUUUCUCCCGAGCACGUUCUGUGACAUAGGAUCUGUAUAUAAUUCUUCCUAUGAAACAGUCAUCCCUGAGAGACUGCCAGGCAAGGGGAGUGAAGAUCCUGGAGGGAAGGUGUCCUACAUGCUGUUGAUACAAGGCCAAAAGCAGCUGCUUCACCUCGAGGUAAAGGGACCCUACUCUGAGAAUAACUUCCCAGUCUACAUUUACCACAAUGGCAUCCUGGGGCAAGAAAUGCCUCCCCUCUCCCAGGACUGCCACUAUGAAGGCUACAUGGUAGGGGUGCCAGGUUCCUUUGUUUCUGUCAACAUCUGUUCAGGUCUCAGGGGGGUCUUGAUUAAAGAGGAAACAUCCUAUAGCAUUGAGCCCAUGCUCUCUUCCAAAAACUUUGAACACGUCCUCUACACCAUGGAUCAUCAGCCCAUGGUCUCCUGCAGGGUCACUCCUGAAGACAGCCCGGGGAACACCAGCCAUCAACAAAGAAGCAGGAAGCCUGAUGACCUACUGGUUCUGUCUGACUUGUGGUCACACACCAAGUAUGUGGAGAUGUUUGUUGUGGUCAACCACCAGCGGUUCCAGAUGUGGGGCAAUAAUGUCAACAAGACGGUCCAGGUGGUGGUGGACAUCAUUGCUCUGGCCAACAGCUUCAUUAGAGGGAUAAACACAGAGGUGGUGCUGGUGGGCCUGGAGAUCUGGUCAGAGGGUGACCCGAUAGAGCACGACCACAGCGGGGACUGCCUGCUUGAUGAGCCUUGGCGCCAGAGCCGCAAGCGCAGAGCCACCAAUUGUGGAAAUGGUAUGGUGGAGGAUUUGGAGCAGUGUGACUGUGGUAGUGACUGUGAUAAAAGUCAGUGUUGUGAUAACGACUGUAAACUAAAGGGAGACUCACAGUGUAGUGAUGAACUUUGCUGUUUUCAAUGUAAAUUUAAAAAGAAAGGAGAUGUUUGCCGUCCUGCUGAUGGACCAUGUGACCUGGAAGAAUACUGCAACGGGACCUCUGCAAAAUGCCCUGAGGACAGGAUAGCUCAAGAUGGCUCUGUUUGCCAUGGAACAUUCUUUUGUUUUGAGGGUAAGUGCAUGGACCCGAGCUUCCAGUGCUCACGUGUUUUUGGCUAUGGUGCAAAGUCUGCCCCAGAUAAUUGCUACACCUCUCUGAACACAAGAGGGGACCGGUUUGGAAACUGUGGCUUCUCUUCUGACAAUCCGAGAAAUUAUAACAAGUGUUCAGAUCAAAAUACAAUGUGCGGGAAACUUAUCUGUACAGAGGUAGCCUUCCUGCCACAAAUCAAACACAACCACAUGCUGAUCCAGGUCCCUCAAGUCGAGGACUGGUGCUGGAGUUUAGAUAUGUCUGACAAGGAAGGCGCCCUUGAUGAGGGACACGUGAGGAACAAGACUUACUGUGGCAGAGAUAAAGUUUGUGAGAAUUCCAUUUGUAAGGACUUCACCAUACCCCAACAACCCUGUAAUCCCAGGGGACAAUGCCACGAGCACGGGGUGUGCAAUGAUCUGGGGAACUGCCAUUGUUCAUUUGGAUUUGAACCUCCUGACUGCAAAAAUGAAGGUGCUGGAGGCAGUGUGGACAGUGGCCCCCCUGUUUCUAUGCCAGAUGACAAUACUACAGGACAAAACUCUACCCAAUCCAGUACAGAAGAGCUGAUCCUUAACUUAAAACUGAUCGUUCUGGCCGUCAUUCUGGUACUCAUGAUACUCUUAAUAAUCAUAUGCGUCAUAACUGCUUACAGCAGGUCAGAGCCUGCUUCCGAAGCAGAGCCUUCAGAGUUAGAGGAGGUUCCAGAAAGGGAGGAGGAGGAGGAGGAAGAGGUCCUACCAGAAGAGGCUGAGAAAGAAGAAGAAGAGGAGGAGGAGGAGCUGGAGAUAAAGGAAGAAGCAGCCGAAGAAGAAGCAGUAGAAAAGGAAGGAUCAGAAGAGGCAAACGUAGAAGAGGAAGAAGCCGAAAACACAGACAACUUAGAAGAAGAGGGAGAGGAAUAAGUGGGGGACAUAAAGCCAAUAAAUAGCUAAGCCUCUUGCAGCCCUGAGGAUGAGGCUCCUGGAAGCAGAGGCUGUGGGAACCGAGAGCUGCCACUCUCCCUGGGCGAGGGAGGAAGGAGCCGUCUGUCACUAUUGUUUAGUGGACAAGUGUUAGCAUACUAUUUCAGUACUUUAGUUUAUACAUUUCAUUUGAACUUGCCCUAUAACUUUGGAUAUUCUUGUUUUCAUAUCUUUGGGCUGAUUUUUUGGUCACCAGAAACGGUUUUUCAGGACAUGCUUUCCUCCACAUAAUUUUUUUUUGGGGGGGGGGAUAUAUGUAAUAUACUAUGUUCCUGAAUUUCUCACUAUUCCCAAAACUUUCAUUUCAAGUAACAAUUACCUAUUAUGUAAGGACAAUUUCCAUGACAUUCACUGUUCUAACUUGCCCAAAACUAUAUAUUCAAGGACAAGCCUUUAAAUAAAACUUCUACUGUUAGACACGUCUUCAGGUCCCAUGUA